AUGUCCAAGCCUGAUUUUCAGAGGCUUGAUUUCUAUAAAAGCAUCCUGAAUGGCUGCAGCUUCAGUUUAUUUUGUAACAACUCGCAGCUGAUUUUUCACAACACAAGCAACAGCACAGAGUUUUUUGACGAUACAUCCCCCUGGCUAAGAAUCCUCAUCUCUGUGGUUUACAUUAUUGUGGCUACAGCCGGAGUGCUGGGCAACUUGUUAGUCAUGUUCCUGCUCUAUUCCACCCACACCAUCACCACAGGCACCAUUAACUUCUUUGUUUUUAACCUGGCCUUGGCUCACCUGCUCUUUUCUUUGGCCUUGCCUUUCUGGGCCGUGGAGGUCAUGCUGGACUACAGCUGGCCUUUUGAUUUAGCCACAUGCAAGGCCGUGUCCUUGCUCACAGGACUGAACGUUUUCGCCAGCUGCUUCUUCCUGACAGCCAUGAGCCUGACCCGCUACUGCUACGUCGCAACAGCUCUAAAGCCCAGCGCCUCCCUGUGCAGCAGGUCGUGCACUUUCCCAGUGGCCACAGCUUUCAUUUGGGUUGCAGCGCUCAUUGCGGCCGCGCCCCGAGCCGUGUUCGCAGACCUCGGCUACGUGGGCAAGGACAACGACACGGCGUGCCUGUUCCGCUUCCCCGAUGGUACGGCCUGGCUGGGGAUAAACCAGCUCCUGCGGGUGGUGCUGGGAUUUCUGCUGCCGUACGCCAUCAUCAUCCUCUCCUACCUGCUUCUGCUGCGCUUCCUCUGCAGGCACAAGCUGACAGGCAGCCGCAAUUCUCGACGAAAAACUGAUAUUUCAAAGUCUGUGGCCGUGGUGGUGCUUUCGUUCUGCGCCUGCUGGUUCCCGUACAACGUCCUUACUCUCUGGAAUGCCCUGAUCCAGCUUGACGUCGUCGAUAUCAGCAAGCCCUUCUACGUGGCGCAGACCUACUUCUUCCCUCUGGCCAACUGUUUGGCUUUCACCAGCAGCUGCUUCAACCCGGUCAUCUACUGCCUGGUCAGGAAAGAAUACCGUGCGGCUCUUCACAAUCUGCUUUUCAAACUGAGCAUGGCCAUCAAAUCUAAGGUGCCCUACGCGAUAAACUCUGAGGACGGGUCAGGGCAAGCUGGGCAGUUUGCUAUUCCCCUCAACAACGUGCACAGCCAGACCUCCCAAAGUGACACAAGGAUGUACCAACCGCUAUCAACACUUCCAACCGCGACGUCUCCUGUGUAA